UAGGGGGGGCCUGGAACGCAGAGCGGUUUGGUCGUUAGUCGGAGGAGCUUCUUCUAUUAGUUCAGCGACUGCGGCUCUUCAUUGGGCAGCAGGAGCGGCGCGGCUGUCGGAGAAGCGGCGUAAAAUUUCGGCAUUGGGUGAAAGAAAAUGGCCCGAACCAAGCAGACUGCUCGUAAGUCCACGGGUGGCAAAGCGCCCCGCAAACAGCUGGCCACUAAAGCGGCCAGGAAAAGCGCUCCCUCUACCGGCGGGGUGAAAAAACCUCAUCGCUACAGGCCCGGGACCGUUGCGCUUCGAGAAAUCCGUCGUUACCAGAAAUCCACCGAGCUUCUGAUCCGGAAGCUGCCUUUCCAGAGGUUGGUGAGGGAGAUCGCCCAGGAUUUCAAAACCGACUUGAGGUUCCAGAGUGCCGCCAUUGGUGCGCUUCAGGAGGCUAGUGAAGCGUACCUGGUGGGUUUGUUUGAAGAUACUAAUCUGUGUGCCAUCCACGCUAAGAGAGUCACCAUCAUGCCCAAAGACAUCCAGUUGGCUCGCCGGAUACGGGGAGAGAGAGCUUAAGUGAAGGCAGUUUUUAUGGUGUUUUGUAGUAAAUUCUGUAAAAUACUUUGGUUUAAUUUGUGACUUUUUUUGUAAGAAAUUGUUUAUAAUAUGUUGCAUUUGUACUUAAGUCAUUCCAUCUUUCACUCAGGAUGAAUGCGAAAAGUGACUGACUGUUCACAGACCUCAGUGAUGUGAGCACUGUUGCUCAGGAGUGACAAGUUGCUAAUAUGCAGAAGGGAUGGGUGAUAUUUCUUGCUUCUCAUGAUGCAUGUUUCUGUAUGUUAAUGACUUGUUGGGUAGCUAUUAAGGUACUAGAAUUGAUAAAUGUGUACAGGGUCCUUUUGCAAUAAAACUGGUUAUGACUUGAUCCAAGUGUUUAACAAUUGGGGCUGUUAAGUCUGACCAUACAUCACUGUGAUAGAAUGUGGGCUUUUUCAAGGGUGAAGAUACAAGUCUUAACCACAGUGUAACUUACAGUUUCCUUAUUAAAAAAAAAAAGUAAACCUGGCAGCUAUAGAAUACACUAUGUGCAUUUAUAAUAGCUAUUUUAUAUAUUGUAGUGUCAACAUUUUUAAAUUAAAUGUUUUACAUUCACAUGUGGUGGGGAGUCUUGUCAUUAAGGUGUGUGUAAUAUAGAGUCCGGUUGGUUUUCUCCUAACUAGACUGCACUUGUUUUUCAUACGUAGUAAAAUGCUUUGCGCAUUAUACCUUGCAUAAGUCCUCAUUCUACCACAUGUUGACUAACCCUCUAGCUGAUAAUGCAGACACUAACGGGGGGAUUUAUUUAUAAGGGCUCUAGAAUAUAAUACAAGUUAUUCACACCAGCAUCAUCUGUCACUAAUAUAGUAGUUAGUGCAGCUUUUCUUUGUGUUGUGGUUGGUCUCAUAACUAGGUUGAGUUUUUCUCUGCCAAGAGGGAACAAUACCAAACUUCUUUUUCUUGUGGAGUUUGUAUUAUAAUAACCCUUAGGCUAAACUUGCUGUGGGGGAGGGACACACAGCUUCAGCUCAUGGAACCUCUGCCGGUUAAAAUGGUGUCAAUCUGGUAUAAGGUUCUGGGAAAAAUCACUUCAUAGAGAUGGCUUUCUAAGUGGUUUUAAAAUUUAUCCUUCUAUUGAAGUUUUUAGGUCAAUUAUGUAUGUUGACUAAAUUUACAAAUAAACUUGUUUAU